AUGCAGCCUGGUUGGUUACGGCCCUUUCCUCUGCCUCUUUCGCUCUCCCGCGAUCGUUUACCUUCUGUCACUCACCCUCGAUCCCCGUCUGUCGCUUACCCUCCGUCCCUUACCCUCCAUUGCCUCAAUCUGGCAGGAGGACGCGGAGGACGCGGUGCUGCUGCGGCACGCGCUGAGGCACGGAACGCGGCAGUGGGGGCGGCUGGUGCGAGGCAAGCAGCUCGCGCGCGGCAACAAGGCGUGCUGCAACCGCUUCCUCUUCCUCAAAAAAAGCACGCUGACGUCACGCACCCAGCUCAGCAACAGUUCCAGCAAGGCCCGGCCGUUUCCCCGUCUUCCAGACAGGCACAGCGGCACAUGUGGAGCCGUCCUGACGUGGCAUUGCAAUAUGGCGGGCUGUCAUUGGUCGAGUGCAUGCAGCUGUUCCUCCCCCCUGGUCUCCGAGACACCCCGGAAGCAUCAGAUGGUUCACCUGACCAUUCACCUGAGUUCAAUCCUGCACCUGUCGCUGCUGAGGCUGACCUUUCAGAUCGAGAGCAGUUUGUGCCAAGCAUGGGAAGCAUGAGAAGCGCGCUCACAGCAGGAGCGGCGACAGCAGCAGCAGCAAAAGCAGCAGCACGAGCGGCAUCAUCAUCAUCAGCACCAGCAGCACAGCAGAGCACGGCAGCAGUGGCAGCUCACCAACUGGCCCACAUUCUCUACCCCGACUCACAUGCCACGGAGCCACGCACCAUGGAUUCAAACCCCGCACACUGCUCGGGUCGGGGCCUGAAGAGGCUUCGCAAUGAUGACACAGGCAUCAUCGGCAGUGCUGCUCACACCAACACUCGGCUUCCGGACACGGAAGCUGUUGAUGUGUCGGCUGUGCGCUCAUUGCUUCUGGGGGCUGCUACCAGCCAAGGCAGAAAGAAACAGUGCGAUAGCAGGCCGGCAAUCCCAACUUCCUGGCUCUUGGCGCUACUUCUGCAGCAAAACAAACAGCAGCAGCUGCACCAGCACCAGCUUCAGGAGCAACAGCAGCAGCAGCAGCAGCAUCAGGAGCAGCAGCAGCAGCAGCCGUCACUGUUCACACAGGGUCCAAUCAGUUCCAAGUCAGCCCAGUCAUUCCCAUCUUCGCACGGAGCCUCAAUCCCACCUGCUGCCCACUGCAGCAGCAUCAGCGCACCCACCUCCGGCUCUCUCCCCGCCCUUGUCUGGCCUCUCUCCUUCCCAUCCUCCUUCACACCCUCCUUCACACCCUCCCUCCCAUCCUCCUUCCUACCCUCCAUUGCACCCUCCCUGCCACCCUCCUAUUCACCUUCCCUCGCACCAUCACUCUCAUCCACCCACGUGUCCACCACUCACCCCUACCUGCCCAGCCCUCUCUCAUCCGCGUCCCCAUGGCGUUCCACCUCUCGCACGCCUUUCACCUUUGGUCACCCUCCAAGCUUCCCCGCUCUGCAUUCCGCCCUUCCCCACAGCCUUUCCCCAUCCCUCGGCUCGACCGUACCUCCCCACACCUCUCCCCCGACCGCUACCCCCACCACUCCCCCCACCGCUCCCCCCAUCGCUACCCCCACCACUUCCCCCAUUGCUCCACACAGCCCUCUCACGUCUCCUCUAUCCGCGAUACCCUCUCCUUCCUCUCACGGCCACUCUGCUGCUCCCUUCACACCCACGUCUCUCAUAACAGCAUCGACAGCACUGGUGCCAUCAGCCCCUUCCACCGUCAUCAACCGUGGCCCACCGCACUCUCUCCCCUCCUUCCCCUCACUCUACGCACUCCAGACAGCCCUCCAUGCUCCACCAUCCAGAGCACUUCCCACACUCUCCGACCCAUCACAGCAGUACCCGUCUCAGCACCACCUGUCUCAGCGCAGCCUGUCUCAGCACCACCUGUCUCAGCGCUACCCUUCCCGCAGUGCCUCCCCAAGCAACGCUGUCUCCUCCGCUUCUGUCGACUGCUCCCCGCCCUCCUCUCAGACCUCCUCACAACAACCCACCUCCCAACACGUCUUCCAAUCCUCCUCACAACCCUCCUCCCAGAACCUCUUCCAGCACACCGCUGCGCCAGUGGAAUCACAGCAGCUGCAAGUCACGAGGCCGCACAAGAUGCCUCGCACGAGCCGAGGCGUUCUGCCCUCUGCUGCUCUGGAAUUCGCCCGUUCUUUAUUUUCCGGGCUGCCCGGCGCGGAUGAUCAUCGUGGAGGUAAGAGCAGCGACAGGCAGCAAACGUCGGAGCUUGUAUGCACUAGUGCGAAGCAGGACAGUUGUCGUGGUGGAGGGAACGCAGAGACACAGUGUGGAUGUGUGAGGGGAGAUGCAUCAAAGGAGCUGCCUCCUAUGCGUUGCCAACCUUCACUUCCUGACAUGGUUACAGCUGCAGCUGCUGCUCCUGGUGUGGCUGGUACUCCUGAUGUGACUGAUUUUCCAGCAGCUGCGGCUCUUGCAGCAGCAGCAGAAGGCAUAUGUCAGGGGGAGGCAUCCAUUUGGAAGGAUCUGAUUGAGCUGGAAGGAGAAGCGGAUGGGGUGGUGUGCGGUGUGGAGAAGAGAGCAGGGAUCACAGUGGGAUCGUUCUGUGAGCUGGAGGAUCUCCUAGAUGAGAAUGUCAAUCUCAUGUAG